AAAACAUUGGUAUGCAAUACUUACUAUUGAAAAUCCUCACGGUUUUAAUUUAAAAUCUAGUUUUCGUUUGGAUGAAAACCAUAUCAAACCUAAAUAUUAUCAAAAAAUGAAUGUAGCAAUGGCAUUUCGAUUUUUUAAAGUGGCACCUACUAUGCAAAUAUACAAAGAGACAAAUCUUUAUCAUGAUUUGAAUGAUGCUGAUGGAUCGAUAAAUUUAUGCAAAAGAGUAAAUGCAUUAAUUACUGCGAUGAAUAGUCGCAGUAUUAAGUAUUCAUUACAACCGGGUAACGAAAUGUAUAAGAAUAUCGAAGAUUUUUUAACAUUUUUAGUGGAAUGGGAAAAAGAAGCUAAAAAAAUGAAUUAUAGUUUUAUAACGGAUCAAACUUGCUACGGAUUAAAAAUUUCUCUCAAAGCUACUCUUGAAAUUUGUACUUUCUUGAUUAAUAAAUGCGAAUUUCAAUUUCUUAUGACAUCUAGAUUAAAUCAAGACAAUUUGGAGAGAUUUUUUGGAAUGAUGAGAAAUGCUUGUGGUUGCAACGAUCAUCCUGACUCUCAAUUAUUCAUACAAAUGUACAGAUUAAUAUCGACUUAUUCUCUUGUAAAACCACCAAAAGGUUCUAAUGUAUCUACUGCAGAAUUGAUGGAUAUUCUUUUAAAGAUUAAAGAUAUAAAAGAUAUUGAAGAAAGACAAGAACAAUGGAUAAGUCAAAUAGAUACUAUUCUAGACAGAGGAAGAAAUACUGAUGUUUUAGCAUAUAUCCCAUCGCUUCUUAAUGACCAUGAUUCGCAUAUGUAUACUACCUCUGAUUACGUUCUAACAUAUAUUGCUGGAUAUGUAGCAAGAAAAGGAAACAGGUUUUGCAUAAACAAUAACAAGUGCGAAGAAUGUUUGAAAACAUUGAUUAUACAAUCAAAUAAUGAAAUACCAGAGAGACAUAAAUUAAUUUACUUAAAAUCAAAAGGAUAUUUAAUAAAUCCUUCUGUAAUCUUAUUUGAUUUACUUUCAACUUUAGAAAAAGGAAUAAUAGAAGCUACACAAUGUGGCGAAAUUAAUGCCAACACAUUAUUUGACAUAAUAAACUUAAUAGACGAAGAAAAAAUUUCCAUAAACUUUCUCGGGUGCGAAGAACAUAAUUAUGAUUUUACUAAAAAUAUUAUUCGUUUCUAUUUAACUACAAGAAUGUUCUUCUUAGUCAAACAAGCGAACAGAAAUGAUAAUAUGGAAAAAGAAAAAACAAAAGAGAAAAGAAAAUGUUCCAAAUUAGUAAAACAAAGUCUCCCAAAUGUUACAAAUAAUAAUAAAAUUGAACAAACAAAUGCGGUUAAAACUAUGAUACAAAAGAAAAAUUGGAAGAAAUCGUUAAAAUAAAAAGAAGCACUCACC